CCCAGGCCUCGCGCGCCUCCCGGAAGUUGCCGGUGUUGGAAUCAGGAUCUGGGAGCGUGAGUCGGGACGACGGUUGUUCGAGUAGCAGCUGCAGGGGAGGCGGCGGCGGAACGCUCGAGGACCGAGCCGGCUUGGGGUCCGAGAUUAUGGCAACGCCGCAGCCCCUGGCGCGGCAGCUGGAGCAGCUGCUGAACCCGCGGCCAAGCGAGGCGGACCCCGAAGCGGAUCCCGAGGAGGCCACUGCUGCCCGAGUUAUUGACAGAUUUGAUGAGGGUGAAGAUGAAGACAGUGACCUCCCUCAUGUGGGAAGCAUUAGGAAAAGGGCCUUUGCCUCCUUCUUAGAUACAGACAAACGAUAUUCAGGCAAGACUACUUCUCGAAAAGCUUUGAAGGAAGACCUGUGGGAACAACCUCUAUCAGAAGCCUCUGACAGAGAAGCAUCUGAUGAAGAGUCAGAGAGCACAGGGCUAGAGGAGUCUGCUGAGGAGCUGGAAUCCAGCCAUGAUGGGGGGAGCAGUUGGAAAGACAAAGGCAAGAGAGAGAAGAGGGACACUCAGUCUUCAAGCUUUAGUUUCCAGAGCAUCAGUGACUUGGAAAAAUUCACUGAGGGAAUGGAUGAUGUUGGCAGCGAGGAGGAGGAGGAGGAGGAGGAGGAGGAAGAAGAAGAUGAUGAUGACAACGACAACGACAACGACAACGACGAAAACAGCAUGGAAGAGGAGGCUGCUGAGGAAGGCCAGGUGGCUGUGCCUGAAGGCAGAGAUGAUGAUGAAGCAGUGAGGACCUUCUCGGGAGGCAAAGUGUCAGAGGAAGUGGAAAAAGGGAAAGCUGUGAAGAACCAAAUAGCACUAUGGGACCAACUCUUGGAAGGAAGGAUCAAGCUGCAGAAAGCUCUGCUGACGACCAACCAGCUUCCCCAGCCCGAUGUUUUUCCUAUUUUCAAGGACAAGGGUGGAUCAGAGUUUGCCAGUGCCCUGAAAAACAGCCACAAGGCACUUAAAGCAUUGCUUAGGUCAUUGGUGGAUCUUCAGGAGGAACUGCUUUACCAGUAUCCAGACACAAGACACCUCGUAGAUGAAACAAAACCUAAAAAGGAAAGUGAGGAAGAGAUCCCUAGUGAGGAAGAAGAGACAGUGGUGGAGGAGCGCCGACAGAAGAGAGGCCCUCCCAAGAGGAAGCUGGGGAUGGAUGACUAUCCUGGCUUCAUGGCAAAGCGUUUUGCCGAUUUCACAGCCUACAGGAACCGCACGCUUCAGAAAUGGCAUGAUAAAACCAGAUUGUCUUCUGGCAAGCUGGGGAAGGGUUUUGGUGCCUUUGAGCGUUCAAUCUUGACUCAGAUUGACCAUAUCCUGAUGGACAAAGAGAGAUUACUCCGAAGGACACAGACUAAGCGUUCCAUGUAUCGUGUGCUUGGCAGAGCUGAGCCAGUAGCUCAGCCUGUUCCUGAGAGUUUGCCAGGGCAGCCGGAAAUAUUGCCUGAAGUCCCUGCCAAUGCUCACCUGAAAGACUUGGAUGAAGAGAUCUUUGAUGAUGAUGAUUUUUAUCACCAGCUCCUCCGAGAACUCAUAGAACGGAAGACCAGUUCCUUGGAUCCUAAUGAUCAGGUGGCUAUGGGCAGGCAGUGGUUGGCCAUCCAGAAAUUACGGAGUAAAAUUCACAAGAAAGUUGAUAGAAAAGCCAGCAAAGGAAGGAAACUCCGGUAUCAUGUCCUUAGCAAGCUACUGAGUUUCAUGGCACCUAUUGACCACACUACAAUGAAUGAUGAUGCCAGGACAGAGCUUUAUCGAUCACUCUUUGGAAAAGUCAGCACACCUGCAGAAGGCCCUCAGAAUUAGGGUCACCCACCCCAGCUGGAUGUGUAUUUUCUACUAGAAUUGAAGAGAUGGCUAGAAGGAAAAGCUGUCUCCAUAUCCCAAUGUUGACUGCUCAUCUAAGCAAAUGGUUGACACCUCCUUGACACCCAAGGCUGAAUUUAGUGAGGGAACUAGUACUGUCCCCUCAGGAAGAAGUGUCUUUAAUAUGCACUCACUCAUAAUACCUGUUUGAUACCUCCAGGACAUUAAGGAUCCCCCACUCCCCCCUUUUAAGUUGCUUCAGUGAUUUGUGUGGCCAGAGAGCCAUCCCUCAUGUCUUUGAUGAUCACAGAGAAGUGGUGUUGGCUUUCGCUACUUUUAAAUAUUUCUAAAGUGUCAGCAGUUGGAGGACUCUGUAUCCUACUGGAAUGUUCAGUAAUUGGUUGGGAAUCAUUCUUUCAAGCAAGAGCCUGUUGAAAUAGACAUGCAUGGGACUGCAUGACAUGAGACCGCCCUAGACAGAAGAAAGCCUGAGCAAAAUGCUGCUUGUCCUGUGUUCAGAGGUUUUUCAGGGCCCUGGGCCCUGGGCCCUGAGUCCAAGGAGCUCUAGGAAAUCUUGAUGGUCACGCCCACCUUUUUUUGCAGCUCAGAAAUAUUGGUGGAUUUUCAGCUGAAUUUUGAUCCUUUGACUUUAUUUUUUUUUGUUUUCCCCCCUGUAGCUGGUAAGGAUUCUUUCAGAAUCCUGUUCCUUUCUCACCACUCAUGACACACUUUAUUGAGGUUAACUCUGGUGUAAAUCUAGCAGGAGCAGAUGAUUCACUUGUUUUUCAUCCAAAGGUCAAAAGCUGGAAAUUAAAUCCCCAUAAGGGGGAUUUAUUGGCCUGCUGUGGUCAAUCUACAAUGAAGAUGAUCGUGCAUAAGUAAUGCAUGCAUAUGGAUGGCGCAGCACGUGGCGCCAAGUGCUCAGCUGCAUCCUUUGCUCUGCCCAAGUCUUCAUUUGAUGUCUAAGAGGAGACCCUUACACAAGCUCACAAAGUAUAAUUGUCAUAAAUACAGAAUUGUGGUUUGGGAAAAUAAUGUUUUGGUGAUGAAAAUGUCAAAACAGAAUUACAGAUUCUUCUUGUUCUAGGAAUCCUGUGUUCCUUUGGCUUUGGUAUCCAAUGACUCUUGAUACAACACUGCCCUGAGGCUGGAAUCCAGAUGUAUUCAGAACUGAAUGUAAUGUGGAUCCUAGCUUAUUUUUUUUUCUAGCUUAUUUUUUAAUAUACGUGUGUCUUCUGAGCACAGGGUGGGGCAAAUAGGAGGGAAGAAGUUUUUUCCACCUCUAAUUAAUUGGUCCCUUUUUCUUGGUGACUUGUAUUUCCUGCCUUGAUAUUCACCUCUUGGGUUUGACUGUCAAGGAAACAUAAAAUUUUCGGUGCUGCUCUAUUUCCAGAAAUAUAAGGCAUCACUCAAAAGGGAUCUCUUUUUUUAAUAUAAUGUAUGAUUCUUUCCUUUUGGCCUGAGGACUCCCAGAUAAUGCAUAUUAUAACAGCAAGUAAAUAACUCUUAAAUAUUUCUAUGUGACACCAGGCUUGCUUUCUUAAGGGGAUCAGACCUUUUGUUGCUGUCGAAUUUUAUCAGGUGAAGAAUGAGAUCUAAAUAGGUGUUCCAGAAUCUUUGGAGCAGAUAUGCUUAAUUAAAGUGAAUGAAAAGUCGGGACCAAUGUGAAAUACCGAACAGGCAAGGGGUUUUCAGCCAAGGGAGGCCGGUGUUUUAAAAUUCCGAAUACCACCCUCCUUCCAGCCAAGAAUAAAUUGGAAACUAUUUUAAUUGACACGGAUACUGCAAUUCAACUGUUACUAGAAAGACAGAUUAGUUGAUUGAUUUGCAUUUUAAUAAAACUAAUACUUUACAUUUUGGUGGCUAAUGCUGAUUUUUAAAUGAGUUCAGAGCUGUUAUCUAGAGUUUCAAUCCAAAGACCUUUUUUCAGUGUUGACUGAAGCAUUCUCUCCUUUGUAUGGAGUUUUGCUUAUUUUAUUCUUGACCAACUGACUACUUAUGGCAGCCACAAACCAGGGACCAUGAAGGGCCCACCGGUAUACUGUCAUAGGCAGAAGAGGAACCAGGUAAUAUCCAAAAUGUGAUAUCAUCCUUUCCUAUCCUCUUCCUGUGCCGCAGAAGUAAGUUUUUGGGAGAGGCUCAUUGAGCUCCUUCCCUUUGCACUCGUGCACACGCGCUCGCUCUCGCUCUCUCGCGCUCUCUCCCCCCCCCCCAUCCCUCUGUGUGUGUGUGUGUGUGUGUGUGUGUGUGUGUGUGUGUGUGUGUGUGUGUGUGUGUGUGUGUGUAGAAAGAAAAAGAGAUUUGUCAAGGCUGGCUUUCAGGAUUCAUUGGGCCUCGUUUACCAUCUCUGUCACACAUUGCAUGGAGAAGGAGGUGGCAUGCUGGGCCAGGAACUGGUCCUGAAGUUCAUUCCUUGCUCCCUAGGGGAUGCUUCAGUUCAGUGUCCUCCUUCGCAAGGAUUAAGGAGCUAUGGCCCUUAAAGUGCUUUGAGAUGAUGCUCCAUAAUCUCUCUCCCAGCCCUCCCCUUUCCUCUUUCUAUCCCCUCCUCUCUUCUCUUUGGAUCACAUUGCCAGCUGAAAUCUUAUUUUCUCUCUACUCUCACCUCCAGUUCUUUUGCUUGUUGCUACUUGAAACUCUUGUCCCAGUGUCCUUUUAGAUUUCUUUUGGGGAGUAGAGGGUGGUUUGUGAAGGUUGAACUGUAAAUGUCUUUUCCUAUGCAAGCAUUCUCUUUGGGUCCUUUUCUGUUGUUUUUGCUUCCUUUGUAAAACCCCUUGGUGAGUGGUCUUCACAGAUUUGUUCUGGACUCAUUUAGCUCUUGGACUGAGGUGGCAAAUAAAAGAUUCUAUUGGUUCUGACCCCAGAGGUCUCAUUAGAUAGGUAGGGAUAUGAUCACAUUGAUGGGUGGCCAUUUAAAAUCAUAUUCACCUUUUUCCAGGUUAACAGGUUAAUUCUCCCUCUCCCCCUGGCCCCCCCUCCCCAUUUUUAAGGAUUGCUAAAUAUUCCCCAGGAUACUUUAUUCUGUAUGACUGCCUUUUUACCAGUUCUAAAAGGAGGAUUGGGUCUGUGCCCCUGAAUUGAUCUAGAAUGUGCCUUUUGAAAUGCAGUUGGGCCUUUAGCAUUCCCUAAGGGUUCCUACCACAGACAUUUCAUGCAUUUAAUGCAUUAGUGCCAAUAUCCUUUUCUCCCGUGGGCCAGAUUCAAGAAAUGGGGAGUGUCAUAGCUCAGCACAAACUUUCCAGAUGAGUAGAGUUGACCGAUUUUUAUAGGGACUCUCCCUGAGGCCACCAGGUACAGAAAGUCAGAAGUGUUUUGGUUCCAGGUUGGCAAUUCUCUCCCUCUGGCAUUUUUGUGUACCAAUGAUCUGAUAACUUGUAUAUUCAUAUGAGAUUUUCUUGUUGUAUCAUGUUUAAUAAAAA